AUGAUAGUAACAACAAAAACGACGCUAAUUGAAACAAAGAAAAAAAAAUCUCCACCCACUGAUAAGACCACCACCGCACACUACACCACACCACAUCACACCACACCACACCACACCACACCACAUCACAUCACACCACAUCACAUCACACCACACCACACCACACCACACCACACCACACCACAUCACAUCACACCACAUCACACUUCCCACCAACAUCAAAAAAGGGAAAUCAGUCACACAAUUCCAACACAAGAACAAAAAACACCUGAACCACGUGCCUACGCCCACGCCGAGACUCAAACAUCAGGAGCCAGCAAACUUAAUACGCCAACUUCCACCACACCCACCUAUCCACGCACCUAUCCACCCUGA